AUGAGGAACAGGGCCAGCAACAGCCUGUCCCGAGGAAAAAUCCGUCAAUCAUGGAGCAAAUACAACCUAUUUAACCUGCAUCGAUACCGUGUGCCAUUCAACCACAAUCGCAGUUUCUUCCAGCAAAAAUGGACUGCCAAGGCAACUGCUCGCGCCUACCACGGCGAGCAGGUUCGCGAAAGUCAAUGGAAGCGCAUGUUCUCCCACCGUAUUCGCAGUGUUAUCCCGAUGAACCCCCUCCAUCUUGCCGCAGACGAUGGCUCCCGGGCAUCUGCGGGUCGAGGUUCAGGCCUCGAGGGUGAUGCCAAACAGCCGCAAAUCACGCCCUACACGCAAAUGGCUUUCGCUCCCCUAGAGCGACGUUUGGAUGUCGCAAUCUUCCGGGCUAUGUUUGCCAGCAGUGCGAGACAAGCGAGACAGUUUGUCAUUCAUGGCGCAGUUACGGUGAAUGGACAGAAGAUGCGACAUCCCAGCUACUUGCUCAACCCGGGCGAUCUUUUCCAGGUUGAUCCGGAACGGGUCAUGUUUGCCACGGGCGCUCCCAAAAAUAAAUAUGAACGGCGCGAGUCCCGGCAGCUGAAACAGAAGGACGCAGCCGAAGAAACAGUGAACCCCGAGGCAGAAGAGAAAGUGGGGAAAGUGGAAAAAGCGGACGCGAAGGAGAGCUCCCGGGACAACCUUCAGGCGCUGGUGGUCCAAGCCAAGUCUAUUCUGUCCCGUGGAAAGAAUCAGCUUCCCGCUAAACGCAAGCAGGAGCUGCGCGGGUUCCAAAAGGCUGUGCGCCGGGUGUUGUCUCGCUCCGAUAGGAGCACCAUUCUCACUGACAGUCUGGAAGCCCAGUUCUCGGAGCUCACGUUACUCUUGAAGACGAAGCAGGCUGAGCCGAAAGAUUCCAAGGCUGAGAAGCCCGUGCCACGGCCUUCCGAGGUGGAAGAAAACGAGGCCGUGCCCGGAGAGGUGGAGGAGGAACCCUUUGCGAGCGAUAAGCUCUCCGAGGCCUUCCAGCAGGCUGCCCAAGGCGAGGAAGUUGACUCCUCGGGGCUGACGAAACAUGAGACCUUCGCCCUCAAGCGCGCUCUUGCUCAAAUGCACGACAACCCUCUCGACAGCACCAAGCCCUACGCCACUCCCUGGCAGCCUCGUGAAUACAUGUCCGCAUUUGCCUUCAUCCCGCGCUAUCUCGAGGUCAACCAGAACAUUUGCGCAGCCGUGUAUCUACGACACCCUGUUGCCCGACCCGGGCUUGCCGAAGUGCCACCCCCUUUGGCGACGAGGUCAGCACCCCGGCCUACGGCUGGUACCUGA